CAAAGCUCAGAAAAAGAGAAAGCGGACUGUGUUGAGCUGUUCACGGAUCUGAUCCGCUCCAUUGAGAGCUGUCAGUCUGAGCUGCUGGAGGUGAUGGAGCAGAAGCAGAACUCAGAAGAGAAACAGGCUGAAGAGCUCAUUAAAGAGCUGGAGCAGGAGAUCACGGAGCUGAAGAGAAGAAACACUGAGCUGGAGCAGCUCUCACACACUGAAGAUCACCUGCACCUUCUACAGAUUUAUCCAUCCCUGUGCAGCCCGUUAGACACCAAGAUCUGGACUGGGAUCAGUACUGACGCUAUUCUGAGGGAGGACGCUCUGAGGAGAGCUCUAUCAAAGCAUCAAGAAUUUCUCAAUGGUGCAAUGGUGAAGAUUACAGGAGCUGAGCUGAGGAGGAUUGAGAAGUGUACAGUGAUUGUGACUUUGGAUCCUGAAACUGCACACCCAAAACUCCUCUUUUCUGAAGAUGACAAACAAGUUGGAUAUGGAGAAACACGACAGAUUGUCCCAGACAAUCCGUGGAGGUUUGAUAAGUGUCCCAGUGUCCUGGGGAAGGAGGGAUUCUCCUCAGGGAAAUUUUAUUUUGAGGUGCAAGUAGAAGGAAAAACUGAGUGGGACUUAGGUGUGGCGAGGGAGUCUGUUAUCAGAAAGGGAAUAAUCACUCUGAGUCCAAGGAAUGGACUCUGGACUCUAUGGUUGAGGAAUGGAGGCGAGUACAAGGCCUGUGACUGUCAGUCUGUGUCUCUCUCCCUGAAAGUGAAGCCCCAGAAGGUGGGUGUGUUUGUGGAUUAUGAGGAGGGUCUGGUCUCCUUUUAUGAUGUAGAGGCCAGGUCUCAUAUCUACUCUUUCACCGAUCAGACUUUUACAGAAAAACUCUAUCCUUACUUCAGCCCAGGCUUUAAUAAUGGAGACACAAAUUCAGCCCCUCUGAUCAUCUCACCUGUCAGCAAAAAUAAGUGGAUUUUAGUCAAUGAUAACCAUUUGUAGAAAAAAUGUACUAUUGUCAUUUGUAAUAAAAUAAUGAAAGUGUU